CAUUUUUGUCUGGUCGUGUCAUUGGUAUGUCAACAAACGAGGAAGUGUAGGGCUGGUUUGCUGAUGUAAAAUCAGUAACAUAAGACUGAGAAAUGGAUCGGUUCGUGUGGUCCAGUGGUUUGCUGGAAAUUAACGAAACUCUGGUGAUCCAGCAGAGAGGCGUCAAACUCUAUGAUGGAGAGGAGAAGGGGAAAAUGGAUCUGGGGACUCUGCUUCUAAGCACACACAGAUUGCUCUGGAGGGACCACAAAAAUCAUGACUGUUGUAUAGCCAUGCCACUGUCACAGAUUGUAUUAUUUGAGGAGCAGGCAGGAGGGAUAGGGAAGAGUGCUAAGAUAGUGGUUCAUCUUCACCCAGCGCCUUCCAACAAAGAACCUGGACCAUACCAAACCAGCAAAUACUCUUACAUAAAACUGUCUUUCAAAGAACAUGGACAGAUUGAGUUUUCUAGGCGAUUAUCAGAAGAGAUGACUCAGAAGAGAUGGGAGCGUAUGCCAGUGUCUCUGCCUAUUAAUACAAGCACCACUUCACAGGCAGGACGAACGCGGGCAGUUGGAAUUGUGGGUAUCGAGAGGAAACUGGAGGAAAAGCGAAAAGAGAUGGACAAAAACAUUUCAGAGGCAUUUGAAGAUCUCAGCAAGCUUAUGGAAAAGGCAAAGGAAAUGGUGGAAUUAUCCCGGUCUAUAGCUAGCAAAAUCAAGGAUAAGCAAGGUGACAUCACAGAAGAUGAGACUAUCCGAUUCAAGUCCUACCUCUUGAGUAUGGGCAUAGCGAAUCCAGUCACAAGGGAAACCCAUGGGUCUGGAACACAUUACCACAUGCAGUUAGCCAAACAGCUUGGCGAGAUACUGCUGGCACCACUGGAGGAACAAGGAGGCAUGAUGGCAUUGACAGAAGUGUAUUGUCUUGUCAACCGGGCUCGUGGAAUGGAGUUACUUUCUCCAGAAGAUCUUGUAAAUGCCUGCAAAAUGUUUGAAGCACUUAAACUGCCUUUAAGGAGAGCCACUGAAGACCCAAAUGUGGCAUUUUUUUGUACACAUACAAGUACAGGCUUUUUUCUAAGGUACAAUGGCUUGCGAAAGUAUUGA